AUGCCAAUUCCCGCCCAGAGGGAACUCGCUUCCUUCAGAAACUGCGCCGUCUAUUUGAUCAAUCGAGGAGAUCGUUUUUUCAUUGAUGGGCGGUUCUAUAUGCAACCAUAUUUGAUUGCUUGCCUCGAGCUCUUCAACAAACUCCCAUCCAUCGAGUCAUUUGGUAUCGAUAUGCUUGAGUCAGACGAGGACAACGGGAAGCAGACAUGCGAGCACGCAAUCAAACAUCAGCAAAAUCAGAAUCAACAACUCCGCUCCGGGCUCGAGCUGUCUCUUAUGCGUGAUAGUAUCAUGCAAAACCAUAACCGAACUACAAUACACCACUGGAGGAAGGGCAAGUCUUGA